AUGAAGACUGCUUUGCUCUUGGUUCUUUUGAAAGCUCUGAUUGCCGUGGCUUCCUCUCAGACUCAUGUGUUUUAUUUCGUGCCUGUGAACCUGAGCUGGCCGGGUGCGCAGGCGCACUGCAGACAGCAUUACACCGAUCUCGCCACCAUUGAUGACCAGAAGGACUAUGAAGAGCUGCUGAAAACUGUGAACGCAGAUUUUAAAGGAGAAUGGAUCUGGACAGGACUCUAUAGGACGAGUGGCACAGCUCCCUGGAUCUGGUCCGAUCAGAGCCAAUCCACAUUCAGAUCUUGGGGUGAUGGACAGCCGAACAAUCACGGAGGAACUCAGCACUGUGUGGCAACCUCUCUCUCUGGAACCUUUAAUGAUGCAGACUGUUAUAUUCAAUAUGCUGCGGUCUGCUACAAUAAAAGGAGGAGACAAACGGUGAGACUGACGGUAAAAUCAAGUCAAAAUGUCAAUGAUCCUGAAGUGAAGAAUACGAUUUUAGCGAAGAUUGAGCAGAUGCUGAAGGAGAAUGGCUUCGCAGAAGAUGUUAAACUGUCAUAUAGAAACCAAUCGGAUGGGAAUAUUUUCCAAAACACAGAGCAGAAAAUUAACGUCACUGAACAGACUUUCCUUUGA